CAUCAAAUGACUUCUUCUAAAUAAUUAAUCGAAAGGCUUUGUAUCAUAAUAUUUGGCUGGUGGGUUCUUGAGGUAGAGCUCUCCAAAUUUUGCAAAUGGAAAUUACCUCAACCUACUUUAAAGGUCACAACAUUUCAAACUAUUUGUUCUGAAGAACCAAAAGGCAUUACUUUAUAAGAUUUGGAUGGUAGCUUCUUGGAAGUUUGAGAAGGAAAAUGACCUUGACCUACUUACAAGGUCCCAGGGACAAAUAUGUCAAACACUUCAAACUUCUGAAGAAAACCCAAAAAUCAUAGAAUCAUCUGAUAAUAUUUGGCUGGUAGCUUAAAUAUCCGGUGAGCGAUACAGGCCCUCUGGGCCUCUUGACUAACUUUAUAUUGACAAGACUACAUAAAAGUUGCUUGCAUUUGAAAUCCCAGCUCAUUAUAAAAUAACCAAACCUAAUGCAUAGUUUAUAACUCCAUCUACAUGUAUUGAUGUAACAGUGGUGUUCUCACUUUAUUUGGGUAAACAUUCAUCCCCAUAAAAUUAUAAACAAUUAUGGAGUCAAUCAUCAAUCGCUUUACCCAUUCCAUUUACAAACUGAUGAUCGAUUAUGAUUUUAAACCAUGCAAUUGCUAAUUCGCCAGCUGCAGUGGUAGGAUUCUCUGUUUAUGCUUCUAAUUAAUGUUUCUAUUGGUGUUUCAGAUGAAUGCAUGGAUACAAGAAGUGUAGAAAAGGCAGUCUUUACCAUCUUCUUCUGAUGAUAUAAAAACGCUGCAUCGAACACUCUCUUCCACUGUCAUUUUAUGGAAGGUAUUUGAAGAUUGGCGGAAAUUUAUACAUAUAAAAAGUUUUAAACAAAAGAUAACCAUUGUGUUGUGACUUAAAGAUUGACAGUAUCAUACAUUAAACCAUGGAUGAGACAAAUAUCAACAAGUGCGAUGUCUGUGGUAGGAUGUUUGAGAAUAAACAUAUCCUAAUGAAUCACCAAACUACACACACAAAGAAGUCUCACCAUUGUGAUGUUUGUGGUAAAGGGUUUAGUCAACCAGCUCACCUACAGAGACAUCUCAGGACACAUACAGGAGAGAAUCCUUACAAGUGUGAUGUCUGUGGGAAGGAAUUUAACGUAUCAUCUAAAUUACAGAGACAUUUCAGGUCUCAUACGGGAACGAGGCCUUACAAGUGUGAUUUCUGCGGAAAACAAUUUAUAAGGAGGGACACCCUACAAAAGCAUACAAGGACACAUACAGGCGAGAAACCUUACAAAUGUGAUAUCUGUGGUAAGGGGUUUGGUCAGUCGUCACAUCUACAGACACAUUUCAGGAUACAUACAGGAGACAGCCCUUAUAAGUGUGAUGUAUGUAGUAAGGCGUUUAGUCAAUCGUCUCACCUACAGACUCAUUUCAGGACACAUAUUGGAGACAAUCCCUACAAAUGUGAUUUCUGCGGCAAGGAAUUCAGUAGGCAAGACUCCCUACAAAAACAUACAAUGACACAUACAGGAGAGAAGCCUUACAAAUGUGUUGUCUGCAGUAAGAGAUUUAUACAGUCAUCUAACUUAAAGAGACAUGUUAGGUCACACAAAGAAGUUAACGGAACAGGAAAACAAUUAAAGUGUUGUUUCUGUAGUACGCAUUUUAGUAGUCCAUCUAAGCUGAAGGGAAACGUCAUGGCACCUAAAGUAGAAAAGCCCCACAAGUGUGAUAUUUGUUCUAAGGGAUUUAGUUAUCCAUCUGGACUACAGACGCAUCUCAAGAUCCAUACGGGAGCAAACCCGUUCCAAUGUGACGUUUGUUUGAAGAAAUUUAAUAAUACAUCCAACCUUAAAGCACAUCUCAAGAUCCAUACGGGAGAGAGACCUUUUAAGUGUGAUAUAUGUCGUAAAGGAUUUACGUCUUUCUAUUGUUUACAGAUACACCAUAGGACACAUACAGGAGAGAAGCCUUACAAGUGUGAUGUCUGUGGUAAGGGGUUUAGUCUAUCAACUAACCUCCGUGUACAUACCAGAACACAUACAGGAGAGAAGCCUUACAAGUGUGAUGUCUGUGGGAAGGAAUUUAGUGACCCAUCUAGCCGACAGAGACAUACACGACAACAUACAGGAGAGAAACCUUACACGUGUGAAAUCUGUUCGAGGGGGUUAAGCAGUUUCGAUUGCCUUCAGAAGCAUCUCCUGACACACACAGGAGAAAAGCCUUUCAAAUGUGAAGUCUGUUGUAAAAGAUUUAGAGCCUCCUGUAGCCUAAAGGUACACACAAGGAUACAUACCGGAGAGAGGCCUUACCAAUGUGAUAGAUGUGGUAAAGGCUUUUGUAAGUCAUCCAAGCUUAAUAGACAUUACAGAACACAUACAGGAGAGAAGCCUUACAAGUGUGAUGUCUGCGGUAAAACUUUCGGCGAUUCUUCACACCUAGUUGUACACAGGCGAACACAUACAGGAGAGAAGCCUUACAAGUGUGAAAUCUGUUGUAAAAGAUUUAGUCAACCAUCAAAAUUAAAUAGACAUCACAAGAUCCACACAGGAGAGAAACCUUACAAGUGUGAUAUCUGCGGUAAAACUUUCGGCGAUUCUUCACACCUAGUGGCACACAGGCGAACACAUACAGGAGAGAAGCCUUACAAGUGUGAAAUCUGUUGUGAAAGAUUUAGUCAACCAUCAAAAUUAAAUAGACAUCACAAGAUCCACACAGGAGAGAAACCUUACAAGUGUGAUAUCUGUUGUAAGGGAUUUAGUGAAUUAGCUAGCCUCAAAUGGCACGCCAGGAUACAUACAAACGAGAGACCAUACAAGCGUGAUGUCUGUGAAAAGACAUUUAAACACUCGAACACCCUAAAGAAACACCACAAGACGCACCAGAUAGAGGACGUUAACAACAAUGAUGUAUCUGAGAAGACGUUUAGUCUUUCAAAAUGUCUUCAUUAAGGAUCCCGACCUGUCCCAACUGCAUUGUAUUUUCCAUAUACAGUAACCUCCCCUCAAAUUCCACUUCGAUAUAAAUGUAGCUCAGUUUUGCCAGGACACUUUCGUUGACCAGGUAGCUCAGUCGUGGAGUCCAGGGUUCGAAUUCCGACCUAGCUCCGCUGAAUCUUUAUACUCGGAACACUUUUGUUUAUGUUUAUCACAUUAGGUUUAUUCGUCCCGCAAGGUGUGGUUUACUUUUCAGAAAUAAUUUAUAAAAGCUAGUGCCAUGCCGUUAAAAUAAUUUUAAAUGUACGCGAAA